AUGGAUAGCUUAAGUGAAUUUCCCGACGCACUGCUCUUGAGUAUAUUGUCUUUUCUUCCUGCGAAAGAUGUCGUGGCCACCAUGGUUUUGUCCAAACGAUGGCAACCGCUUUGGAAGAUGGUGCCAAGACUCAUAUAUGAUGAUGACAGCGAUAAAAGUUUUCCUCGGUUUGUGGACAGGUCUUUGCUUUUGCAUGAGGCACCAGUGAUAGAAAGUUUGCAUUUCAAACUUGGUGAAGAUUCUGGUGCAGUUGAUAUCGGAGUAUGGACCAGAACUGCACUUAAACGCUGUGUGCGUAAACUGAUUAUCAAGACGGACUGUUGUAUUAACAGUACAGCUCCAGUGAUACUUCCAAGGAGUGUGUACACAGGGUGCAGCAUGCUUGUGAGAUUGAAACUAAAGAAAGUGGUUCUUUUGGAUGUUACUUCUCCAAUCUCUUUCCCAUGUCUCAAGAAACUGAGCCUUAAAUGUGUGAAAUACCCAAGUGACGAGUUUUUCGGGAGGCUUUUAUCUACUUGUCCUGUUCUUGAAAGCUUGGUUGUGAGACACUGUCCAGAUGACAAUGUGACCAUUUUCACCAUAAAAGUCCCUUCUCUCAAGAGUUUAGUCAUGACUAAUUAUUCAGAUUCGGAAAAUACAGAUAUUGUCUCUGGGUUUAUGGUAGACACUCCUUCUUUAGAGAACUUUGACAUUCUUGACAGUUAUGAGGGUGGGUUUUGUGUUAUUGAGAAUGAAAUGCCUAAUAUUGUAGAGGCAUAUGUUGACGUCGCUUAUCAUCCUGGGAAUAUUCUGAGUUCUAUUACUUCAGUCAAGCAUCUCUUUUUAUGUAAUAGAAAAUCCCCAAAGGAUGCAUAUCCUGUUGGUAAAGUCUUCUGCUCUCUUGUGUAUUUAAAGAUUUGGAAAUCUAAAACAGAUUGGUUGAGUCUACUUAUGCGUUUUCUCAAAGAUUCCCCUAAUUUACGAGCUCUCAAACUUGAAACGAAGGCAACUAUCUCCACUGAAUCAACCGACGACCCUAACAAGAAACUCGAGAUGGUUAAGGAGUUGUCGUUGUUUCCCCGGCGUUCACCUACAUGUCAGCUUGCAUUCGACUAA